UAUAUAAUUCCCGGCCUGUUUCAGUUGUGCAAAUCGUGAAGGUUUUGCAUGAUUCUCAUGCGGUUGCAAAGUUGUCAAAUGUGUGGACCUUCUUGCUCAUAUGUAACACGAUAAGGAUCCACAUCAUUGGCAGAGUGUUCCAGUGCUGUGAUCUUUGUCACCAUAGGACUGCAAUGAUUUCCAUCACUUUCAUGCUCUUGAUGAUCUUCAUACUCAUGACAUUAGUGGGAUCAUCGUGCUCAUCUUCUUCAUCUUCUUACUUUAUACAUUUGCAGAACAGGGGAACUGGAUCAGAAAACACUCAAACAGAAGCGCUCUCCUUUGCUCAUGCUUUUCGUUCGCUUCCCUCACUUCUCAACAGAAUCAGAACACGCGCAAACAGAUGCCGCAUCGAGGCGGCCCUCUCCCUCUUCUUCCGCAGCACAGGUCUGAAGAGCCUGCCGAGCAAGGGCGUUCGGAUUGGACUUCUCUGGGAGCUUGUAGCCCUUCGCGGAUUCCGUACCGGGAAGGUUAUCCAGAGCACCGCACGGGACAAGACCCCGCUCGGUUAGACGGGCCAUCUGCUUCUUCCAGUUGGCCUCGUCCUUUCCUCCAUCCUUGGGGAAAGUAGCUAGCUGUGACUCGGUGACGAGGCACGCAGCAUUCUGCGCGUCGAGCACGUGCAUGGGAUCAACUACCGGCAGGUAGUCGACCGAACCGAUGACAGGCCGCUCGAUGUUGGCUGCCUUCGUAGAGUCCUCGGGAAAGCUUCCGAAGACCCUCAAGAAGCUUGAGACCUUUGCCUUCAGCUCCCUUUUCAAGAAGAUCGCCUUUGAUCCUCUUGGAUCUGAACCCUUUGGAGAAGACAUAUCCAAAGGGGCAUACCCAGUCAUCUGCUUGAGAGUCUGGGCGUACUCAUAUGGAGCCACCUGCUCCCGAAAGUCCGGCGCGGUGGUUCUGAUCCGAGCAGCUUUCUUCUCUUCGGUAUCGACUUGGAUGAUCAUUUUGAUCCACCCAGAGCCAGGGCCUGCAAGGCCACGGCUCUCGAGCUCUGUCUCGGAGAUCUUCCCGAGGUAGCUCGUGACGCGGCUCGCGCCCUGUAUAGCGGUGCGGGCUGCUUCUAGGGUCACUUGGCCUUUCCCUUUGCCCUUCCUAUGUUGGCAUCUGUUUGAGCGUGUUCUGAUUCUGUUGAGAAGUGAGGGAAGCGAACGAAAAGCAUGAACAAAAGAGGGCGCUUCUGUUUGAGUGUUUUCCACUCUGUUGAGGGUUGUAGAAUAAACACGAAGAACGUGGAGAGUUGCACUAAGUAGCAUUAGCCUAGUAACGUAGUCAGGGCACUAGUAUGAAAAACCUUUACACUCUUUCCCGACAGGGUCUAAUGUCUUUUCGCACGUUGAAACUACAUUCUGGACCUUGAAGCACGCCCCGCCUGGAAGUAACUAGUGCUCUACCUUUAAAUAAAGUUUGUUAUCGGUUGUAUCAGUAUCGG